AACGAAACGGUUUUACGUCUUGUUGAGGUUUUAGUUGACACGAAUACUCAUAGCAAAGAUGGUCGACCGAUUGAGAGUGGUAGUGUUUGUUUCGAUUGUGUGGAUUAAUAUCGGUGUAAUCUCGGGACAAUCUGUGGAGCAAACAACACCCCGCGGUGAACUGAGUCUUGAUGUAACACAGGACGGGAGUGUAAAAACAAACAGUGUCGAAAGCGUUACACUUUUGAAAGAAAACACAACAUUUGAUAGACUUGAGGAUGACAACGCUGAAACAGUGACUCGCGGCGAUAGACAAAAUUCUGUGACGUCACGUGUUGUGAAUAAAGCCGACCUGGUUUUCGACACAACGAAGGAAAAUGUGACAAUCCGUAUACCGGAAGCUUGGCACGGGCUGUGUACGGUGCGCACGGACCAGUACGUGCAGUCUGAGUUCACACCUCGGACGCCUCUGACCACGCUCAUCUGUGAUGUCAAACAUGUGUUCUCUGGAGUCUGGCGGAUGACGGACCUGCGUGAAUUACUUUUGGGGUACAACCAAUCUGGAAUAGCAUUCGGGCUGGAGAUUCAGUGUGACCCCUAUAGUAAAAUAUCACUCUCCUGGCCUGUUAAAAUCCCGAAUCUGUAUAAACUGGUGGUCAGAGGAUGUGUGAUUUAUGAUUAUCUAGCUGAGCAUAGCAAUAGGUUCGUAGAAAUCACACCAGAUGCUUUACGGCACAUUGACAUGUCAAAUAACAUUGUAGCCAUAUCUGUUAACAACUUCAUCAACAUGACAAAGAAUAUUCGCUUUAUUUCAAAGAAGUUCGACUGUGUCCAUGAAAAUACCAUUGAAUUUUUGCGGAACCGAAAUACCUCGUAUACCUUCCUUGAGGACAACCGCAUCGUCAUACAAAAGAUAAGCGAGCUUGGUGAGCAGUUUAUCCAGGACGUCCAGCGCGUGGCCCAUGUGUGUGACUACCGCCACCUAAUGGAACUUGAUGAGGGCGUGAGUGACAGCCGAUCCAUCUACCACAUGAAGCUGGCCACCGAAAAGUCCGUCUACUUCGAGCUGCGCACUUACAACCUCUCCCACAAUUACCUUAAGGUGCUCCAAGAUCCACAGCUUCAGUGGUCCUCCAACUUCCCCAAACUGGAACUCUUUGACCUCUCACAUAACAACAUAUCAAGGCUGUACCGGUUUGAGAUACCGCUACACCAGGACAUGAGUAGAAUCACCACCAUCAACCUCCAGUACAACAAUAUCACGACCUUAACCGUCAGUGACCUUGAAAGAUUCAAAGAAAUGCCAAUGAUGUUUAUUGACAUAAGGAAUAACCCCAUAGACUGUAAUUGUUCCGAGUUUCUGAAGGAAAUACUAACUUACAUCAAGGAUGGGAACCAUAAGAGGAUAUCAAAUAUCACUGACUAUACAUACAUAGGUCAGUUGAAGUGCGCCAGUCCCCCGAAUCUGAAGGGCCGGACAUUAGCGUCCCUGUCCGGAGAAGCCGUAUGUGAACCCAAUGUUGAGUACUUUCUGGUGCCUCUGAUCGUCCUUAGCGUUGUCGUUAUAGUUGUUGUUGUGACGUUGGUCGUAGCGUUACGUUACAGACAGGAAAUAACGGUUAUUCUGUUCACUCGCUUUAAUAUCAUUAUACCAUGUCAAUCCAGGGAAUCGUUUGACUCCAGUAAGAAAUAUGACGCGUUUGUGAGUUACAGCAGUAACGAGGAAGAAGAGGUGGAGAAACUGUUUGAUGAGAUGGAGAAGCCCUCGGAUGAUAGCCACGGUAUUGCGUUUAAGUUUUGUCUGCACCAUCGAGAUUUUGUACCCGGGAGAACGAUAUUUGAGAACGUCAGUAAAAGUGUUGAAUCUAGCAGGCACACGAUAAUACUUCUGUCAAAGCAUUUCUUGAAAAGCCAGUUUUGCCUGUACGAGUUCCAGGAAGCGUUCAGACAGAGUAUUAUGGAACAGAAGCGACACCUGGUUAUAGUGAUGAUGGAAGACCUACCCGAGGACAGCCUACCACGUGACCUGAAACGAUGCAUUAAGACAUUUACCUACAUCCGGCGGGACGACUACCUGUUCAAACAGAGGUUGGUGUACGCGUUAGCGGUCAAACACAAGGCCAAAGUUGUGAUCGAUCAAAGUAAAAGUAAGACUCUAAAUAAGACCUAUACAAACAAGGCAUUUGAUUCCAAUGCAUCUCGUUCAGAUACGCAAAUAAAAACGGAUAGCUCAAUAGACAUUUUACAAGAUAUUUCAAAUUUCCGUCCACUUACAAGAGUAACAAGUGACACAAAUAAGGCAAGCGACAAUCUACAAAAUGAGCUUAACAAAUCCGACACCGCUAACAACAACGAUAAUGAAAACGCCAUGGUUACCGUUGUCAAGCGCAACAGUCAUAACCUGGACAUCAACAUAGAGGAGACUCAACUAGAAGGCUGCCACAGUCCCAUCGAGCGGAAGAUUAGCAACCUGGACUUUGACAGGUGCGUGUCCUCCGACACCGGAUACGGAAGUGACCGGGGUUCAUACUGCGAAAAACUAUCACCGGAAGUAAUCACGGAAGGGGCAUCGUUUCCACAGAAACAGCCGUGACGUGACCUUUUAAUGCAUUAGGGCGAUUUUACUGGUAAUAAAACUAGUUUUGGUUUUACAUACGGGUUUCACGAAUUGUGUAUUUGUCGUAUCAGUUUCAAAUAAAAUGAAAAUAAUUUUAUCGUUUUUUUACGGAAACCAAUUCUUGUUUUUGAAACUAUCGAAAGCCCCUCCGGAGACAGUUUCGUCGGUUUUAAAACAUCCUUAAACUAGUUCACUUUGAAAACAACAGCAUGGCGGACAGUGAUCAAACAUGUGCGUGAAACAUCAUUCAGUUCAAACAGGAAAACGACCAUUUGCGGUAUCAUUGUUUUGAAGAAAUUCAAAAAUAAGGGCUACAAGCAGAUUCAACCAUGUUCUUGAAAAUGUACACAAAACCAUUCGCUUGUUACUUCAAGAAAAAACUUUCGAACCACCGAAACCCUUGAAACUAAAACAAGUUCGGUAUCAACACCCUUAGUUUAGUAACUAAUCUACAGCGAGUAAGCAACAGCGAAAAUGUAUAGUGUAAUCGUUCAACCUCGUCUUCAGAUCUCGAUUUCUAUUGUAACAUGGUAAUCAAACUUCUAUAUUCAAGUGCUCAAUGUUUGUUAUAAAUGCAGUAAUUAAAUACAUAAUAAUUAUAUUCAAUUUAUUUCGCUGGUCAGUAUUGUACAUUGGAAUGUCGUAAAAAAUUGCUUAUUAUGUUAUUUGUUGUAAUUGUUAUUGUUGUAUAUAGCAUGUAUUAUUGUUUCAACGUAUACAUUCUCUCUUCUAUAUCGAUGUAUAAAAUUUUGAAAUAAACAAACAAGGAGGGCA